CCUUCCCUCUUGUGCCUUUGUCUUCCCAGAUAAAGUGAUCUCUGAUCCUGCAUCGGUCAGUCAGCGAGGCAACACAACCAACUCCCUCUCCUCUCCCUCCGUCACCCUCUACACUCCAGCUCUUCACCCCGCUAUUUCUCUACCUCCACCAUGGCUCCGACUCUGGCCAGAGCGUUUGCCCGCCGCUGGUGGAUGGCGGUGACUGCCAUCGUUGAGAAUCUCCUCUUUUCUGCUGUGCUUCUGGGAUGGGGGUCGCUCCUUAUUAUGCUCAAAUCGGAAGGCUUCUACUCGUACAUGUGCAACGAUGAGGGUAACAGCUCCAGCUACAACCUGUCCCUGUCGACAACCGAAGCACCUGACGAGUACGCCGACUAUUAUGACGGGAGCGACGAGGUGGUGGCUCUGGGGGACGGGGUGGAGAUGAAGCCCCUGGUCCCCGCCGAUGGGCAACUGAGGAUGAACGGCUGGCUAAUUUGUAAAGAGCAGGAUGAGAUGUUGAACCUGGCCUUCACUGUGGGCUCCUUCCUUUUAUCAGCCAUCACGCUACCACUGGGAAUCGUCAUGGACAAAUACGGACCCCGUAAACUCAGACUUUUGGGCAGCACAUGCUUUGGAUUGUCCUGUCUGCUCAUUGCAUACGGUGCCUACCAACCAAAUGAACUCUCUGUCCUUAUCUUUAUUGCCCUGACUUUCAAUGGCUUCGGGGGCAUGUGUAUGACCUUCACCUCCCUGACACUGCCCAAUAUGUUUGGGGACCUGCGUUCCACCUUCAUUGCCCUGAUGAUUGGCUCCUACGCAUCCUCUGCUGUCACCUUCCCUGGUGUAAAGGUGAUCUAUGACUUUGGAGUACCCUUCAUCACUAUUCUGGUGGUAUGGGCCGCCUGUGCCGGACUGGUCUUCCUCAACUGCUUCUUCAACUGGCCAUUAGAACCCUUCCCAGGACCCGAGGACAUGGAUUAUACGGUCAAGAUCAAGUUCAGCUGGCUGGGCUUUGACCACAAAAUCACCGGCAAACAGUUCUACCGUCAAGUGACCACAGUGGGCCGCCGUCUCAGCGUGGGCAACAGUUUGACGCAGAAGGAUCUGCCCAUCAAGGAGGGAAACAAGCUAUGUCUCUCCACCAUGGACCUGGAGUUGGAGGGCAAGGUCAAGGAGGAGUCCCAGUCAUUUCUGAAAAGUAUCAUCAGCCCCAUCUUUCUGCUCAGCCUGGUGACCAUGUCGGUCACUCAGCUGCGUCUGUUGUUCUACAUGGGGGCCAUGAACAGCGUCCUCGAGGCGCUCAGUGAUUCCGACCUCAACACAGUGGAAAGAAUGGAAGUUGUGAGUUUGUACUCCUCCAUCUUUGGCGUGCUGCAGCUACUCUGCUUGAUGACCACUCCUGUGAUUGGUCAAAUUAUGGACUGGAAGUUGAAGGAAUGUGAUGAUGGGGACGAAUCAAAGGACGCCUGCAGCAAGGACAAGCCAAAAACAAAGUCAAGAGACAGAAAGACCCAGAAAGUGACCAACGCCCUGAGAGCAUUUGUGUUAACAAAUCUACUUCUGGUGGGCUUUGGGAUCACUUGCCUGAUACCUAACCUCCCGCUGCAGAUCGUUUCAUUCAUCUUGCACACGGUGGUGAGAGGAUUCAUUCACUCAGCUGUCGGUGGCCUUUACGCUGCUGUGUACCCUUCCUCACAGUUUGGCAGUCUAACAGGCAUGCAGUCACUAGUCAGUGCUGUCUUUGCUCUGCUGCAGCAACCGCUCUUUUUGGCUAUGAUGGGACCCCUGGGGGGAGAUCCAUUCUGGGUCAACAUUGGCUUGCUUGCUCUAAGCAUGCUGGGCUUCCUACUGCCGCUGUACCUCAUCUGCUACAGACGGACAUUGCACCAAAAGCGGCACGAGAAGGAGAACAAUGCCAAGAUCUACAUCAAAAUCAACGGCUCCGACAUCCCAGAGGCCUUUGUUUAAUUGAAGGAGGCAUCAAAGGCAACACGAAGAACGGACGAUUCCUGAUGACCAAUAACUGAACGGUGCCUGAAAAAGGACUAAUCUUUAGAUACAUCAUGGUUUUUAUACGUGCUGUGCUGUCUUCCACACCACUGUGAAAUAGUGAGGUUUAAAUAAGCGGGAGAGGAAAAGACUGUGAAAGGAAAGAGGCAUCUGCACUCUGUAUUCCCCCUAAAUCCUCUACUUCUUUUUAUUCCCUCGCAGAAGUCCACGUAAUAACCGCUCGUUUUGACCAGUGAAACUGCUUCAUAUUCUCCUUAACCCCCCAAAUGAAUGAUUUAACAAUUAUUUAGUUAAUUUGACAUACUUUUUAUUUGAAAACACAUACCACAGUACUUUGUCUAUGUUUGAAUGCUGUUCGUUCAUGUAGAGACCAAGUUUUCUCACAUUUAAGUGGCUUACAUUGUUUUUAAGUAUGCACUGUAGCAUUAGUACUGUGUGUUUAGAGAGUCUUUAAGACUUUUGCUGUCUUUUGUACAAGGGACAUCACGCAGUAUUUGUAUAGCUAAAAGCAAAGUAUCCAUUUGAAUAUUUAUUUUUGUGUCAUGCUCUCUUUAGGUUUUGAAAUUUAUCAGAUGUGCCUUUGAGUCUUUAUAUAAAGUUUCCCUUUGAAUAACACGGAUAAUCACG